AAUGGCAAGUCAUACUUCAAAUAGCAAAAAUUAUAAUAUGAAACUUAUUGAUACCCUCUAUAAUCAGGUUCCAGCUUUUACAGAUGUAUUUGAUGAAGAAACAUGGUAUAUCUUUGUUGCCUGCUUUGUAGCAGGAACAUUUUUAGUUGCAUUCAUUCUUUCUAGAUUUAUUACACUGAAACCUGUAGAAUAAAUUUACAGUGUUGUUUCAAAUAUCGUAAUUUAUAUUCAUAAAGAAGGCAUCAAAUACAUUUUAUUAACAUUAUAUUA